AUGUUAGUCCCUGAGUCACCCCGAAAUUCUUCGGGUCAACGCAGGGAGAAACUUUUCCGAAGUCUGUCCCCUUCGGGAAGCUGGUUUCUGUUUCCACGGCAACGCGGCGUUUGUCCUCGUGGCUGCGAGAGGGCGGAACCACAGAGAGACGACGGCUCAUCGGGAGUCCUGAAUGAUUCAAAGAUGGUAAGGGAUCCGGGCUAGAACAGGGUUUAUUGUCUGUUGCAGCCAUUUCAGGACGGCGUCUACUACCCCUACAGCAGUGACACCCAAGGGAACCAUUCGUCAGCAGGGAUCCCAUCCCUCUUGAAUUCCCCACUCAGCCAGCGCUCAGUAAAGGUCCAGUCUUUACUGGGAAUGGCUCCAUCCGGCGCGCCACCCGCCAUUAUGCCUUUUAGGUUCCGCCAGCGUCGGGAAAGUGUAGAUUGGCGGCGGAUCCACGCUGUAGAUAUUGACCAGGUGAUCAGCCAGCUCGAGGUGGAUGUCCUUCAGGAGCACAUAAGCACCGUGACCUUCUGCAGCUUGGACGGGGAGCGGUGUCAGCGCUGUCAGAGCCCUGUGGACCGAGCGCUCAUCAAGAUCCUACAGCUGGCUCAGCUUACGGUGGAGUGGCUCCUCCAUUGUCAGGAAUGUCUCACAGUCAAUCUGCAAGCAGCGGAGGAGAGGUUGGCGAGCGCCAACAUGCAGCACGAGCAGCUACUGGCUCAGUUGAAGAAGCAGGACGACAGCAUGAUGGCGAUGACGGCCGAGCUCAAGAACCGGAGGAAAAUUAUACGUAAACAGCAAAGCCUGUUCGCGCCACAUAUCACCAACAGCCAAAAGUGUGCAUUUUGUAACAAGAAGUUCCUCACCACUUCAUUUCUUCAGAGUCACAUGCAGAGGCGUCACCCUGACGAGAAUGAUAUGCAGUUACAAUCAAACAGUGAAGAGAAAUCACAGAUACACUACUUGAAAUCGGAGAUGAACAGCCUAAAAGAGCAGAUUAUUCAACAGCAACAGACACUGGAAGCCAAAACGGCUGAAAAUCAAAAGCUGCAACGACACAUAGAAGAAAGUGAACUACAGAUACGAGAAAGUGAGAAGAAAUCUCAGAUUGAAAGCCUCAAACAGGAGAUUAAAAAUUUAAAGGAUCUUAUUCAACAUCAACACAUCAUACAAACAAGAACAGCAGAGGAUGAAAGGCAGCAGUCCAAGGACAAAGACGUGCUCAAAGAGUUGGAUCAUUUCAAAGCAGUGGAAAUGGUACACAUUCAAGCCAUUCAAAAGCUGGAACAGCAACAAAAACAGCAGGACAAAAAAUGGGAGUCCAGGCUUGGAAAAAUCACAUCUAUUCACGAGGCAGAAAAGAACGAUUUGCAAAAAGAGUUAAACAGAUUGCAGUCAACUGUGAUGGAGCGCCAGGAGCAGAGCAAGAGGCAGCUGCAGGAGAUGCGGAGGAAGUUGCAAGAGAAGGAGCAAACCAUCCGGGAUCAAAGGGAGCAGAUCCUGACUGCAUCUUCAAAUCCUGCUACUAAAAUACUCAAAGUACCAGCAAGUGCACCAGCCCCUGAGCCUAAACCAAAGAAAGUUAUACUUGAGGAGCUCAUCUCUGUUACUCAGCUGGAUCCAAUACAAGAGCUGUCAGAAGAGGAGCAAGACUUGACCAGCAUCCAGGAGAAGAAGCCGGUGGAGAAAAAGCCUCAAACUUUUACAGAGAAGAAAAACAAGGUGUCCACUAGAAAGAGCCCAAACAAAACUGAAAUCAAGCAACAAAUUGAGCAGGAUGUAAUGACGAAGCUUGAGAGCCUGGGAAUGAAGCCGGAGCAGAAUAAACUCAAAUCCAAGGAUCUCAGGUCCAUUCUUACAAAUUUGCGCACAAAGCAGCAGAGCCUUGGAAAGCAAUUGCCUGACUAUUGGCGCCAUCGUGUGGACAUAAUAAACACUUUAGAGCGGAAGUUGGCCCUGAAGUGGAAGGACAGCCACCAGUCUCCAAACAAAUCCAGACAUGCUUUUCAGGUGUUUCAGACGCGACCUCGAGCCAGCAGUUUACCCUCAAGGGUGAUCAAGGGUGUCUCUGAAGUUGUAGCUCGACAAGCUAAGACCCCCCAACCUGCUCCAAGAGUCAGGACCACCAUUCAACCAAAUACAUCUACACCCAAUUAUAAAGCUGCUCAGAGAGAACUUGCUCACAAAACGCCACCUUUCAGUUCUUUUGUGGAUUCAGACACAGAGGAGGAUGAGCUCCUUCACCAUCAGUGGGGCAGACCUUCCCAAGCAAGAGUACUUAGAGAGGAUGCAAUUGAAACCAAUGCAAGAAAACCCAAUUUGAUCCAGGCGAGACCGGUUCCAACUGGGCUCUCACCCUCCAUAAGCCAACUGGCCGUAGGCGUGACCAAGACGGCGAUCAUGGAGCUAGGGAAUGUCGAUGAUGAUGAGGAGGAUGAUGGUGACGACGAUGAUGAUGACGAUUACGCUGAUGACUUCUCAGACGUCAGUGAGUUGCAAGAGAUUGUUCCCGGGCAACUCCAGAGUUUCAAAGACCAGAAUGGUAAUGUAAAAAAGACAAGCUUUGCAACAGAAAACAAAGUCAGUGACCUCGCAAGGAAAAUUGAGGAACAGGUUUUAAAUAAAUCGACAAAGAAACCAGUAGGUGGAGUAAGCAUCUUACCGGAGUUGAAAGAUGAGGUUCAGGAAUUCUCUUCUUCAGAUCUCGAUGAGAGCAGCGAAUAUGCAUUUGAUGACAAAAAAGAUAAGAAACCGCCUCACAACUCUGGAACGAUGAUGAAAAGCCAGGACUCAGUCAGCACUAGCGUGUGGGAGUCCUCCACAGGAAAAGACACUUCCUUGGGAAAAGCUCCCAAAUCAGGAUUGCAGGAAGCCGGAACAGGAAGCACCUUCAAGAGCAGUCUGGACCUCAGUGACUCAGAGGAUUUAAACAUUUAG